AUGGUGUCUCAGAACAUCUCCCGCACGACGGAUGAGCAUGGUCUUGUAGCAUGUCUUUGCGUCGCGAUCGUGUUCGUGGUCCUACGGACUGGCGCGCGAUGGUACAAGAUCCGCACGAUCCCUCUAGAGAUGGAGGAUGUCUUCAUGUACCUCGCCAUCGCAUCUUUCGCCAUCACCGCCGCACUGUACCUCGCCACGAUCCCGACCUUCUUCAACGUCAUGGCGAUAACGGCGGGGCAGAUGCAGCCGUACCCCAGUCUACCGAAUGACUUGAAGGUCAUGUUGAGAGAGUUUUUCGUCGUCCAGCUAUUCUUCUGGUUGACGUUGUGGGCGGUCAAAUGGAGCUUGCUGUUCAUGUUCAAGAGACUCACGGACGGACUGCCGCUAUACAACAAGAUCUGGUGGGCGGUGCUCGUCUUCUCGAUCCUGACGUUCAUCGGAUGCUGCGUGAGCAACUUCACCAGCUGCUCUUCCAUGCAUGCCUGGUUCACGGCUGGGGAGUGCGCAACACCCCGGGAUGCUAGAGCAAAGGAGAUCAGUCUGUGGUUCAGCCUGGGUGCAGAUUUGGCGACAGACCUAUUGAUUAUGGCUGUGCCCAUCCGGGUGCUCUGGAACUUGAAGAUAUCUCUCGUCGAAAAGAUCAGCAUCGGCCUUGUCUUCGUUGUUGGCAUCCUUACCAUGGUCACUGCCAUCAUACGCAGUGUCUCCUUGGAGUCGAGCACAAGCUCAGGUCAAGUCAGCACAACAUGGCUCAUGCUGGUAUGUAAAUUAAUGAAUAUCUAUCACGCCGUUGCGCCGAUUGUCAAGCACAUGUACUGA